AUGCGCCCCAGGGGCUGCCCUCCCGGCUCCAAAAACAAGCCCAAACUGCCGCUCGUUAUAACCCGGGAGCCCGAGCUCGCUAUGACCCCUUUUAUUUUAGAAAUCUCGGGCGGGAGCGACGUGGUCGAGGCCCUGGCCCGAUUCAGCCAUAGAAAGAACAUGGGCCUAUGCGUCCUGUCCAGUUCGGGAACUAUCGCCAACGUCACUCUUCGUCAACCCUCUGUCACCCCCGGUGCCACUGUCACUUUCCACGGCCGCUUUGAUGUCCUCUCCCUCUCCGCCACGCUCCUCCUCCACGCCUCGCUGGCGAUCGCGCUCUACGCCUUCGACGUCUUGCUUGCCGGCCCGCAAGGCCAGAUUAUCGGCGAGAAAGAACUAGGAAGAGAGGGAAGAAACAGGAAGCGAGAAAGAUGCUAG